CACUCAGUUCUCUUGCGUUGGUUUUGUGAUGACGGGAACGGAUCAGCAGCACGAAGCAAAGUCAAAUCGCAAGACCAAGCAGAGCAACGGCAGCACUGACGCGCUCGUUACACCUUCAACAACAACAUCAACAACAACAACGACAUCAACAACAACAUCAGCAUCGCAUGGCGCAUCAGCAGCCUCAGCAGCAUCCACCCAGCAGCAGCAGCAGCGCAGGAUUGAGUUUGCUCCACUGAACGUGCCACUGUCGCGCCGCCUCGAGACGCUCGCCGUCAUGAUCUUCCUGUCGCAGCAGCUGAUUUGCAUCCUCGCAGCGCUGCUCAUGCUCACCGUGCCUGUCUUCUGGCCAAUCAUCGUGCCGUACCUCUUGUGGAUGCAUCUCGUCGACCAUCGCACGGCCAAGAAUGGCGUCGGGCGCAAGUCGCAGUGGCUCCGCUCGGCCAGAUUCCCGUUCGGGUUCCUGCGCGCGUACUUCCCAGCGCGCCUCAUCAAGACCGCCGAGCUCAACCCCCAGAAGAACUACAUCUUUGGCUACCAUCCCCAUGGUAUCAUUGGACUGGGCGCGUGCAUCAACUUUGGCACUGAGGCGAGCAACGUGUCCAAGCUCUUCCCAGGAAUCGACACGCGCGUUCUGACUCUGGGCGUCAACUUUAAGAUUCCGUUCUACCGCGACUACCUGAUGGCGCUCAACUUUGCUGACGUUGGCAAGACUUCGAUUCGCAACAUUCUGUCAAAGGGUCCCGGCUCGUCCUGCUUGAUUGUGGUUGGCGGCGCUGCAGAAGCAUUGGACGCGCGUCCUGGUGUGGCUGAUCUCACCCUGGCCAACCGCAAAGGCUUUGUGCGCGAAGCCAUCAUCAACAAUGCAUGCCUUGUCCCUGUGUUUAGCUUUGGCGAAAACGAUGUCUACUCGCAAGCCGCCAAUCCCCCAGGCUCUCGUGUGCGCCGAUUCCAGAAUUUCAUCAAGGAGGCGCUGGGCUUCACCCUACCCUUUGUCAUUGGCCGCGGUGUGUUCAACUACACUUUUGGUCUGCUGCCGCACCGCCGCCCCAUCGUGACUGUCGUUGGAACACCAAUCGAAGUGCCGCACAUUCUCUCACCGACAGAGAAGGACGUUGACGAGAUCCACGCUCGUUAUGUGGCCGCUCUGAAGGACCUGUACGACCAGUACAAGGACGAGUAUUCCGACCCGAAAGUCAAUCUCCGGCUAGUGGCAUAAAUAGGUUGCAUUUAGACCAACCAGUCUGUGUAGAUGUGAUUGAGUGGGUGAUUGGUCGUCUUUGUUUUUGUUUUGUUUUUUCUUGUAUUGCAUAAACUUUAGUGAUGGUUGGCU